CUCAGUCGCUCGGCUGCUCCUCGCCCCGCCCCGUCAUUGUCCCCGGAGGUCUCCUUUCCCCUCCCCGUGCGUCCUAAGAGCUGUGAGAGUUGCUGGCUUCUCCCGCUGCCCGGGGUCUCUCCGCCUUCGGGGGUCAGGCUCUCGAGCAAGAUGGAGGGCUGCCUGGGGGAGGAAUCUUUUCAGAUGUGGGAGCUCAACCGGCGCCUGGAGGCCUACCUGGCGCGGGUGAAGGCCCUAGAGGAGCAGAAUGAGCUGCUCGGCGCGGAGCUCGGAGGCCUCCGGGCACAGACCGGGGACGCCUCCUGGCGCGCCCGUGCCGACGACGAGCUGGCGGCCCUGCGGGCCCUCGUCGACCAGCGCUGGCGGGAGAAGCACGCGGCCGAGGUGGCGCGCGACAACCUGGCGGAAGAGGUGGCGGGCGUGGCAGGCCAGUGCCAGCAGCAGAGGCUGGCGCGGGAGCGGGCGGCGGCCGAGGCGGCCCGCAUCCGGCGUGCGGCCGAGGCCGAGAAGUGCGCCCAGACCCGGCUGAGCGCCCGGGCGGCGGAGCUGGAGCGCGAGCUGGAGGUGGUGUGCGCGGCGCACGAGGAGGAGCGCGCGGUCCUGAGCGCCCGGCCCCGCGCCCCCAGCCGCCCCGCCGCGCCCCGCGGGUCCCCCGCGCCCGCCCCGGAGCUGGAGGAGCUGGCGCGGCAGCUGGGCGACGCGUGGCGCGGGGCGGUGCGCGGCUACCAGGAGCGCGUGGCGCGCAUGGAGACGUCGCUGGGCCAGGCCCGCGAGCGCUUGGGCCGCGCGGUGCAGGGCGCCCGCGAGGGUCGCCUGGAGCUGCAGCAGCUGCAGGCGGAGCGUGGCGGCCUCCGGGAGCGCAGGGCCGCGCUGGAGCAGAGGCUGGAGAGCUGCUGGCAGGAGCGGCUGCGUGCCACCGAGAAGUUCCAGUCCACUGUGGAGGCUCUGGAGCAGGAGAAGCUCGGCCUGCAGGGCCAGACCGCCCAGGUGCUGGCAGGUCGGCGGCAGCUGGCAGAGCUCCAGAUGUCCCUCAGCCUGGAGGUGGCUACCUACAGGACCCUCCUAGAGGCUGAGAAUUCCAGGCUGCAGACCCCUGGUGGUGUUUCCAAGGCUUCUCUCUGCUUCCAGGACCCUAAGCUGGAGCUGCAUUUCCCUGGGACCCCAGAGGGCCGGCAUCUGGGACCUUUGCUCUCUGCCCUGAGCCCUACUUCCCUCUCCUUGCCCUUGCCUGAUACCCUUGAGACACCUGUGCCAGGCUUUCUGAAGAGCCGAGAAUUCCUCCAGGCCCGUACCCCAACCCUGGCCAGCACCCCCAUCCCCCCCCCCACUUCCGCUCCCUGCGCUGCUACAGAUGCAGAGAUCGGAACCCAGGAUGCCCCCCUGUCCCUGCUCCAGCCACAGAGUGGGAGGGAGCAGGCCCCAGAAGCUAUGCGGGCCCCGGCCCUCCCUUCCAGCAUUCUGCCAGGACCAGAGGAGCCUGGGGGCGAGCAACAAGAGGCCGGUACUGGCCGGUCUUCUGAGGAUCACACCUCCUUGGCCCCACCCCUCAGCCCAGACCCCUGUAGUUUAGAGGCCAAAGGGGGAGAACCCAGUGAGUCUAGAAGGGCUCGCCGAUUCCAGGACAAAGGUGAAGGGCGAGUCUGGGGGCUGGCAGAGAAAGAAACUGCCACAGAGGUCAAAAUGGUGAACAGUUUGCAGCAGGAAACACGGCCAGAAGACGGGGGUCUGAACACGAAGGAGGUCCAGGACUCCCAGGGUCCUUUGGAAGAAGAAACUCUGAAGUCUGUGGACGAGGAAAUUCGAGAGCCGCUGAUGUCUCUGGAAAAACAGAGCUAUGAGACACUGACAUCUCUGGAGGAGAAUCCAGAAUCUCUGAGGUCUUUAAAAGAAGAGAGGUUAGACACAUCAAAGGGUCUAGAAAAGGAGAAUCGAGAGCUAUUGACGUCUUUAGAAGAGAAGGAUGCAGAAGUAGUGAGACCUCUAGAAAAAGAGACUCGAGGGCUACUUAAACCUGUAGGAAAAGAGGACCCACAGACAUUGCAAUCUCUAGAAAAGGAGAAUCGAGAACUAAUGGGGUCUCUUGAAGGUAAUGUAGAGACAUUUUUAUAUCCAGAAAAGGAAAACCACGUGUUAGUAAGGUCUCUAGAAGAGAACUUUGAGUUGAUGAGAGAAUCAGAAAAGGAGAAUCAAGAGCCAUUGAGAUCUCUAGAAGAUGAGACUCUAGAGAACUUGAGACUACUAGAAAAAGAAAACCAAGAGCCUCUCAACUCUCCAGAAGGUGAGAAGCAUAAGACCUUGAGACCUCCAGAAAAAGAGAACCAGGAACCAGUGAGGUGUCUAGAAAAAGAUGACCAAGGGACAUUGAGGCCUCUAGAAAAAGAGAACCAGGAGUCCUUGAGGUCUCUAGAAGAAGAGGACCAGGAAUCAGUGAGACCUCUAGAAGAAGAAUACCAGGAGCCAGUGAAGUCUGUAGGAGAUGAGAACCAGGAGACAUUGGGAUCUCUAGAAAAAGAGAACCAGAGGUCCUUGGGGUCUCUAGAAGAAGAGGACCAGAAGAUAGUGAUACCUGUAGAAGAGAACCAGGAGCCAGUGAGGUCUCUAGAAGACGACCAGGAGACACUGAAUCCCCUAGAAAAAGAAAACCAGGAGCCAGUGAAGCCUCUAGAAGAUAAGAACCAAGAGACAUUGGGAUCUCUAGAAAAAGAGACCCAGAGGUCCUUGAGGUCUCUAGAAGAGGACCGAGAGAUGGUGAGACCUCUAGAAAACGAACACCAGGAGCCAGUGGUGUCUCUAGUAGAAGAAGACCAGGCAACACUGAGACUUUUAGAAAAAGAGAACCACGAGCCACUGAAGUCUCUAGAAGAUGACAACCAGGAGACAUUGGGAUCCCUGGAAAAAGAGAAUCAGAGGUCGUUGGGGUCUCUAGAAGAAGAUGACCAGGAGACAGUGAGUCCUCUAGAAAAAGAAAACCAGGAGCCAGUGGAGUGCCUAGAAGAAGAAGGCCAGGAGACAUUGAGACCUCUAGAAAAAGAGAACCAGGAUCCAGUGGGGUGUCUAGUAGAAGACCAGGCAACAUUAAGACCUCUAGAAAAGGUGAAACCAGAGCCACAAAUGUCUCUCGGAAAAGACCAGGAGAUAUUUAGAUCUCUUGAAAAUGAGAAUCAACAGUUAUUACAGUUCCUAAAAGAAGAGAGCGGCAAGGCAAUGAGAUCUUCAGAGUCAGAGAAUCUAGAACCACCAAAGUCUGCAGGAGACGAUUUGGGAAUAUUGAAAUCUCUAGAAACUCAAGAGCCACUGUGGUCUCCAGAAGAAAUGAAUCAGGAGACAACGAAACCUCUAGACAAGGAAAUUCAAGAACCACUGGAGUCUGUGGAAGACGGCCGGGAGACACAGAGGCCUCUAGAAAAGGAGGCUCGGGAAUCACUGGGCCGUGUGGGCGAGUGGAACCUAGAGAAUCGGGGGCCUCCAGAAGAGCUGGGUCAGGAAAGUCAAAGGUCCCCGACUGAGGAAGAGACCCCCGCACAGAAGGGGGACCCAGAGCCGCCGAGGUCUCUGAAAGAGGCAGGACGGCAGUCGCCACGGAGUGCCCACCAGCAGGGGUGGGACGACACGCUGGGGGGUGGAGAACGGGAUCAGGAUUCGCCCCCUGGCAGGGCAGCGGCGGGCCAGGAAGCUGAGGCAAAGCCCGUCGUGAGGGAGUCGGGUGGCUUCGUGGGGAAGGAGGAGCCUGAGGGGUGUGGACAGCUGUGGCUGGCGGCUGCAGGGGAGGCCCGGAGUGCUGGCGAGGGUCAUCCGGGGAGCCUGGAGCCCCAAGAGCAGAGAGCACCAGUUGAGGGAGCCAGCCGGGAGGGAGGCACUGAGGGCUUCCAGGACCCCGAAGGGCCCCCAGAGCAAGUCCGGGCACCAGGCGUCCAACCUGCCCAGGGAGUGUCUGAGGCGAGAGAGCUGGUGUUGGAAGGUGGACAUGAGUCCCCCGGGGGGGACCAGGCCUCCCCAGAGGUCACUUUGGGGUUAGGGACAGCUGCGGGCGAGUCUGCCGCGGGAAGCUGGCAGGGACCAGAGCGGGAGGUGGGGGGGCUGGAGGACCCAGGCUGCCCGGCCCGAGAGGAGGGGACGGCACCACCCAUGGGCAAGGAAGGUUUGGAGGGAGAGAGGAGGCAGGGCUCGGAAUGGUCCAGAGAGGACCCAGAGGAGGCAGCUGCUCUGGACCCAGAGCUUUCCACCCUGUCCAGGAGGAGCAUGGACCCCCUGGAACCUUCCAGGGGCUGGGAAGAGGCAGAGCUGGAGGCCCCCUGGGGAGCAGAGUCCGGGCUCCCCGCCGAGACUGAGGGCCCUUCUCACACGGGAAGCAGUAGGGGUGCCCCUCAGCCCGGGCCCCUGGCGUUGGAGGAAGCAGGAGAGGCAGAGCUAGUGCUGGGGCCCACUGAGCCCCGGGCGCCCACCCCGAUCCCUGGAGAUGCCCCUGAGCUCCAGCUCCUGGCUGAGGGGAGCUGGGAGGCUGACUCGGGGCUGGAGGGCAGAGCGGAGGCUCUGGGAGGGGUGGAGGGGGAGCAGGAGGGCUUGGGUUCUGAGGGCAGCGCUGAGGAUCUCCAGGAGGGGGAGGAGAACAGAGAAGACAGCGAGGCUGACGAACUUGGGGAAACUCUUCCAGACUCCACUCCCCUGGGCCUCUAUCUCCAGUCCCAGGCCUCCCCCAGGGGGGAUCUGGUUGGAGAGCCGAGGCCCUCCCCGCAAGGGGAGGCCAGAAAGGAAGGCUGGGGUCCUUCUGUCCCGGCCUCUGAGGGCUGUGGGGCCCAGCGAGGGGGCGAGGAGGAGGAGGAUGAGGACGAGAACGAGGAGGAGAACAAGGAGGAGGAGGAGGAAUGCGGUCAGGACUCUGACUUGUCGGAGGAGUUUGAGGACUUGGAGACCGAGGCUUCUCGCCUUCCCGGGGUCCGCAGGGAGGCUGUGGAACCUCUGGGCCGAGCUCCUGAGCCUGCAGCCUGGGCCCGGGAGGGCGAGUCUGACGGGUUUGCGGAUGAGGAAGAGAGUGGGGAGGAGGGAGAGGAAGACGAAGAGGAAGAGGAUGGGGGGGAGCCAGGGGCUGGCCGGUGGGGCCCAGGGUCCUCUGUCGGCCCCCUCCCGGCCCUGAGUGGCCCUCAGAGAGGGAGCUUCCCGGGGUUUGAGACCACAGAUGCCACCGUCCCCUGGGAUGAUGGCAUGAGGGACGCGGCAGCUGAUGUCCGGAGAACCGCCCUGGACACUGAGUCCCAGGACAGCUCGGAGCCCUCGGGCUCGGACGGGGAGUCUGGCCUUGUUUCCUUGGAGAGGGAGGACCAGGUCCCCGACCCUCUGGGAACACUCGGUGGGGCGGGGAACAGCCUGGGUGUCCAUGGCCAGGGCCCCAGCCUGAAGGAGGAGUUAGAGCGUGUGAGUGGGGGGGUGGUAAACGGGCUGAAGCAGUCUGAGGGAGGAGGGCAGGGGAAACUGGGGGGCCCCGAGGGGGACCCAGGCAGCCCCUUGGAGGAGGAGGAAAGUGAGGGGGGUGCCCUGAAGUCCCCUUGGGCAGGACCUCCUCUUCACCUGGGCGUGGGCCAGUUCCUGAAGUUCACGCCGAGGGAUGAUGUCGACUCCUGGUCCUCAGGGGAGGACUAGAGAGAGCUCCUCGCUCGCUGAGGACUCGGGGGGUGUGUGCGUGUUGGGGGGGGUCCCUAAGUCCCGUCCCUGCUCAGAGGCAGCACUCCUUAAGUUAUGAUCCCUUGACCCGUGGCCUCUGUCCCAGAGGCCUGGCCGGCCAGGGUGAAGCAGGGGUGAGUCCCAAGGACAGAGGCUCCGGAAUGCGCCCCAGCCCGCAGAC